AUGGCCGUUGAACCGCUCUCCAAUGGCGUCGGCGCUACCAACAAGAAGGUUGCCUACUUCUACGACUCUGAUGUUGGAAACUAUGCCUACGUAUCUGGUCACCCUAUGAAGCCGCACCGGAUACGCAUGACGCACAGCUUGGUUAUGAACUAUGGGCUCUACAAGAAGAUGGAGAUUUACCGUGCCAAACCAGCCUCCAAAUACGAAAUGACGCAGUUCCAUACCGAUGAAUAUAUUGACUUCUUGUCCAAGGUCACGCCGGAUAAUAUGGAUCAGUUUUCAAAGGAACAAAGCCGGUACAAUGUCGGUGAUGAUUGCCCUGUAUUCGACGGUCUCUUCGAAUUCUGCGGUAUCAGCGCUGGUGGCAGUAUGGAGGGCGCGGCGCGUUUGAAUCGCAACAAAUGUGACGUCGCCGUCAACUGGGCUGGAGGUCUGCACCACGCCAAAAAGAGCGAAGCUAGUGGCUUCUGCUACGUGAAUGAUAUUGUUCUCGGCAUUCUAGAACUUUUGCGUUUCAAGCAGCGAGUAUUGUAUGUCGACAUUGAUGUGCAUCACGGCGAUGGUGUUGAAGAGGCCUUUUACACGACAGAUCGUGUGAUGACUGUGUCUUUCCACAAGUACGGCGAGUACUUCCCCGGUACAGGUGAGCUGCGUGAUAUUGGUGUGGGUAAUGGAAAGUAUUAUGCCGUCAACUUCCCUCUUCGAGACGGUAUCAAUGAUCUCUCCUAUAAGAGCAUCUUUGAACCUGUGAUCAAAAGUGUGAUGGAAUGGUACCGCCCCGAGGCUAUUGUACUGCAGUGUGGUGGUGAUAGCUUAUCUGGCGAUCGCUUGGGUUGUUUCAAUCUGAGUAUGCGCGGCCAUGCCAAUUGUGUCAACUUCAUUAAAAGCUUUGAUCUUCCCACCAUGAUCCUUGGCGGUGGUGGUUACACGAUGCGCAACGUUGCGCGUACCUGGGCUUUUGAGACAGGUAUCCUGGUCGGAGACAGCCUGGGCUCCGACUUGCCAUACAAUGACUACUACGAGUACUUUGCUCCCGAUUACGAGCUUGAUGUUCGUCCCUCCAACAUGGACAAUGCCAACACCAAGGACUACCUCGACAAGAUUCGUAGUCAGGUUGUUGAGAAUCUCAAACGCACCGCAUUCGCGCCUUCCGUUCAGAUGACUGAUGUUCCUCGCAACCCGCUUCUCGAGGGCAUGGAUGAUGAUGCUGAUGACGUCCUUGAUGAUCUCGACGAGGACGAAAACAAGGACAAGCGAUUCACCCAACGUCGUUUCGACCAGUAUGUUGAGAAACCUGGAGAACUUAGUGAAAGUGAGGACGAGGAAGAGAAUGCCGCCAAUGGCGUUCGCCGCCAACCUGGAGCCAUUCGCCGUCGAAACAUAACCAACUACAGGGAUCUCGAUCCUGCAGACUCCGGUCUCGACAGCGGCAUGGCUACUCCGGCAAAUGCCUCGUCUGUUGCUGACGGUGACCUGGAUGUCGGUCUGGAUACCAAGAUGGCCGACGCCCCCCGAACAGAACCCGAUGUGUCGGCCACGGCAUCAAAUGAUCAAGAUACCCCAGCCGAUGUCGAUGAAAUGGUCCUUGAGGCUGAAGAUAAGGAUUUCUCCGCUGCUGCCUCCCGGCAACCUUCCCCUCCUCAAGAUGACGACGAUACAGCCAUGGAGGAUGCUGCCCCGGCUCCCGAGACUGACCAGUCUGCACCUGCGACUGACGCCCAGGAAGAAAAGAAGCCAGAGAUAUCACCUGGAGUCGAGGGCUCGGCCAAUACUCCUCUGUCUCCUCAGGCUCAAUCCGCCUCGGACGAGCCAUCUGCAUCUGUAAUGGACAAGGGG